AUGGCCUCAGAAACGAACCUCGAAGCCGAAACGAAAUCACCUGUGCUCUCCCUACUGAAGGAGAGCUCGGGGACUCUUCCUGCAGAGCUUCGCUACAUCCAAUACUCACACAGCCUCGAGAAACAAUACUUACCUUCAAUCCGGGCAUUGAUUUCCAAGGACCUCAGUGAGCCAUACAGUAUCUAUGUGUACCGAUACUUUCUCUACCAAUGGGGUGAUUUGUGUUUUAUGGCCCUCUCUCCAACCACCGCGUACACCUCCCCCAAAUUAAUUGGCGUCAUAAUCUCCAAACUUGAACCACACACACCACCCUCCCACUCUUCCCCAACGACCCUCCGCGGCUACAUAGCCAUGCUCGCGGUUUCCUCCACCUACCGCAACCACGGAAUUGCCACUACGCUGGUCCGGAAGGCGAUUGAUGCAAUGAUUGAGAGGGGGGCGGAUGAAGUGGUUUUGGAGACCGAGGAGACGAACGUGCCGGCUAUGAAACUUUAUGAACGCUUGGGCUUUUUGAGGAGUAAGAAGCUGCAUCGGUAUUAUCUGAAUGGGAAUAGUGCGUUUAGGCUUGUGCUGCAUUUGAAGGCCGUGGAGGAGAUGACGGGGAAUAACGAGGAGGAGAUAUGA